AUGUACCUCCUCGCCUUCCGCCUUAUCCGCCGCAUCUUCAAAUCCAAAUCCAAGAAUCAAAACCAAACCCCGGACGGCAUCAACCUCGACUACCCACCACCUCCUCCGUCCAAUAUACCCCGCCGCCCACGUCUAAAGCACUACACCGAACUUUUCUUGCACAUCCUGCAGGCUGUCUUCGCUCUAACAACCAUCGUCCUCUACGGGAUCGAUAUCCACCACGCGCACGAAAAGUCCCAGUCCGCUGAUGCGCGCUGGGUGUACGCCAUCGUAACGGGGAUGAUGGGGUGCGGAACGGCGCUGUUCUACCUUGUUAUGAUGCAUUGGGUGUUGAAGACGAGAACGCCGUUGGCGAUGCGCGAGAGGUGGAAUUUGCCGCUAUUUGAUGAGGCAUGCGGUUUGGGUGGAUUUGGUGAAUCUGCUGCUUUGGGUUGGGACGGCGCUGUGGAAGGGGAUGAGGUGGUGGAGGGGGCAGAGAGGGGUGUUUGGGGUUGA